AUGGAUCUCGCUCGCGCUUUCACCACCAGGCACAAGAAGCAGCCGGAAAUGCAUAUCACCUCGCCCAUGUACAUUGGCCGCGCCGCCAGCCAGCGCGCAGGAAGACCAGUCGUGCGCAGCAAGAUUUCCGGACCGCUUGCCCUCGUAUCGACUAGCAAUGUGCAACUCAACAAUGCGCAGCAUAUUGCUGGAGCAUCGCCAAUCGAGAUCAGGACAGCAUCGUCUGGAUCUUCCGUCAACUCGAUGGGGGAUCACGACAGCGACGUGAGCAGCAACCACAACUCCACAGGUACCGUCACGGAUGCUUCUUCCAUCGACGAGUCGCCCAUCGAGCCUACCGCCGGCGACAACCACCUCAGCUGCUACUUUAAGCCUGCUGUCGACACACAGUCGAACUCUCCUGUCACCUCUCCUACAUCGGCGACGUUCUCCUCAUGCGAUACACCCAAGCUUCCACAACGCGUACCUUCGCACUCAAAGAAGGCUCACGAGACUCUGCACCGCAAGAACUCCGUCCGUAGGAUACUGUCUCCCCCUGCAUCUGCACGCGAGAUGUCCCGUACCUCGGUGGAGAUGUUCAACACAAGCAGCGUCGUCGAGGCACCAAAGGAGAACCCUUUCGGUAGCGAGCUCGCGCAGCUAGACGAGGUGGCAGAGGAGUUCGGUCAAGUUGUUCACGACGCCGAGACAGCUGCUGAUAUCACCGCCAUGAAGUCUUUCGGCUUGGCACGGUACGGCGCCUCCGACUAUCUGUCCGAGAUCCACGAUCUGAUCUACUCUGCUUUCGAGGAGCCCGCUUCCGACUUCGCUGGUUGGAUCUAA